CGCUGGGAAAAAAAACCUCUUUUUCCUCAGGAUGGUGGAACGGAAACUCCUUGUUCUUUUUAGCCAAACUGGGACGGCUCAAGACACAGCCGAGAGAAUCGGCAGGGAAGCCAAGCGACGGCACUUCCAGUGCAAAGUGGAGGCGCUAGACAGCUAUGAUGUGGCCAACCUCAUUAAUGAGCUAUUGGUGGUGUUUGUGUGUGCAACCACUGGCCAGGGUGAUCCACCUGACAACAUGAAGAUGUUCUGGCGGUUUCUGUUCCGGAAGAACCUGCCGCCCGGUUCCCUCUGCCAGCUGGACUACGCUGUGCUGGGCCUUGGCGACUCUUCCUAUCCCAAGUUUAAUUUUGUUGCGAAGAAGCUGCACAAACGGGUGCUGCAGCUUGGGGGCAACCCUCUGCUGCCGGUGGCGUUGGGAGACGACCAGCAUGACUUGGGGCCAGACGCAGUGGUCGAUCCGUGGCUCCUCGCCUUAUGGGACAAGAUCCUCGCCUUGUAUCCUCUCACUCCUGGCCUUGAGAUCAUCAGUCCAGAUGUACGCCUGCCCCCCAAAUACACCCUGCACUACCUGGCUGAGGACUCCCCACACCCUGAUGGUGGCCUGCUCCAGCCAACAGCACCCAGGGCUGUUCCCUGUGAGCUGCAUCCCUUCGCUGCCCAGGUGGUGUCCAAUCAGCGGGUCACAGCAGAAUCCCAUUUCCAGGAUGUUCGGCUCAUUGAGUUCGACGUCACAGGCUCAGGGAUCACGUUCAGUGCAGGGGAUGUGGUGAUGAUCCAGCCCCAGAACUGCCCUGAAGAUGUGCAGCAGUUCUGCCAGCUCCUGCGCCUGGAUCCAGACAGACGCUUUGUGCUGAAGCCCCCAGAGCCCGGCACAUCCCUCCCUGCCCUGUUGCCACAGCCCUGCACCAUCCGGCACCUGGUCACCCACUACCUGGACAUUUCCUGCGUACCACGGCGCUCCUUCUUCGAGCUCUUGUCCUACUUCUCUACGAACGAGCUGGAGCGGGAGAAGCUGCAGGAGUUCAGCUCUGCACAGGGCCAGGAAGAGCUGUACAGCUACUGCAACCGGCCCCGCAGGACCACUCUCGAGACCCUCUGGGAUUUCCCUCACACCACUUGUGCCAUUCCACCUGAAUACCUGCUGGACCUCAUCCCUCGCAUCAGACCCCGCGCCUUCUCCAUCGCCUCCUCCAUGCUGGCUCACCCUGACCGGAUCCAGAUCCUUAUGGCAGUAGUGUGGUACAAGACACGGCUCAGCAAACCCCGCCGUGGUCUCUGCUCUACCUGGUUGGCUUCUCUCAACCCAGAGCAAGGUGAUGUCCGGGUGCCUCUUUGGGUGAAGAAAGGAGGAAUGAAGUUCCCAGCUGACCCUGACACACCCGUGAUCAUGAUUGGCCCUGGCACAGGGGUGGCACCUUUCCGAGCAGCGAUACAGGAGCGGGUGGCACAAGGACGUAGAGGGAACUGCUUGUUCUUCGGCUGCCGCCAGAAAUCCAAGGACUUCUAUUGCCAGGCGGAAUGGGAAGAGCUGGUGACGAAGGGCUUCCUGACGCUCUUCACUGCCUUCUCCAGGGACCAGGAGGAGAAGGUUUAUGUUCAGCACCGCAUCCGGGAGAACCGAAGGCUGGUGUGGGAGCUGUUGAGCAGCGGGAGCGCUCAUGUCUACCUGGCUGGGAAUGCCAAGCAGAUGCCAGCGGCGGUGGCUGAAGCCCUGCAGUCGGUGUUGCAGCUGGAAGGUGGCCUGUCACCCUCUGAAGCAGAGGAGCAUUUAGCAGCCCUGGAACGGUCCCAGCGCUUCCAGUCUGAAACCUGGUCGUAAGCCUGGCUCCCUGCCUCCCCCUUCCCCCUGAACUCUGCCUGAAUAAAAGAGCCAGCAAAAUGA